AUGGAAGCUCAGCAUGAUCAAGAAAUUAAUGGAUCUUGUGAAAAAGGUACUUCUUCGUCUUCGAGUACCUUAAAGGUGAAACUAAAGAUCCCGAAGCUCAAAGACGAGAAGGAAGAUGAAAAAAAGAUCAACGUUGUUCGUGGUGGAGAUGAGGAUGUUUUUAAGGAAGAUGAAAAUAAUGUUAGCGAAGAAAAAAUCUUCUUCGCGAAGCAAAAAAAAGAUCACAUAUGUUGCGAGUGUGGCAAAGAAUUUAGCUCGGGAAAAGCCCUAGGAGGUCACAUGAGUAGUGCACAUGUUCAAGCAAAUCAAAGAUUAGAAGAAUCUUGGAAGAAGAAGAAGAGUUUUACACAAGAAAAAUCUUCAAAGUUGAUGAAUGGAUCAAGAAUUUUUGAAGAAGAAGGGGUUUUUAAUAAUAAUGAGCAAAAAAUAAUUUGUGAUCUUUGUGGUAAGAGUUUUCCUUCGAAGAAAUCUUUAUUUGGACACAUGAGAUGUCAUCCUGAUAGAGAUUGGAGAGGGAUGAAACCCCCUACUUCUAGUAAAAGAGACACAAAAAAUAGGGGUUUUCGAGCUAAUUUUGACGACGACACCCGCAACAACGAUGAUGAGGACGAUGCUGAUGAUUAUUUUGCUACUAUUCUAGACGACGAAGAAGAAGAGAGAAGUAGGCAUGGUAAAGAUCUCGAGAAUAUUGUUAAUUUUGUUGUUGCACCUCCUCCUGGUGAUUUAAAAGAUUGUCUGAAGGGUUGGGGUGUGACAGAUAGGCGAGGGCGAUCUCCUCUUAGAAAGAAGAGGAAUGAUAGUAGUCCUGAUCAGAGCAAAUCUAUCUCAAGUUCGGAUGAGAAGGAACUUCAUGAUGCGGUUCAUCAGCUCAUAAGAUUAGUCAAUGGCGAUGGCAACAACAACAAUAAUAAUGACAACUCGGAGGUCCUGUGUAGCAGCAAUUCAGUCGGUACUACUACUCCGAAAGAAGUUCCGUUGAGCAGUUUGAAGGACAAAUCCAAGAGAAAGGUGGCGGCUGUUGAUGACAAUGAAGAAAAUCGCGGGGAAAUUUGUUCUUCUCCGAUUAACAAGAAGAGGAGGCGCGAGAAGCAGCUAAUCAAAUUGGAACCCGGCAAAGAUGUGAGGCCUAGCCCGGGCCCGGGCCCGAAGAAAGCACCCGAGGUCAAAUUCAAAUGUAACAUUUGUGGCAAGAGUUUUACCAGUCACCAGGCACUGGGUGGUCACAGGUCUAGUCAUAACAAGUUCAAGAUUACUAUCGAGAACACGAUCGAUCAUCCUCAACAGCAUCAAGAAAUUAAGGCUAGAAAUGAAGAACAUUAUAGUCAUGAUCAUGAACCUGAUGUUCAAUUGGGAGAAGAAAUCAAUAAUUUCAAUUUUAUUGAACAUGGAUCCAAUAAUGUUCAUAAGUGCAAAAUUUGUGACAAGAUUUUCUCUACUGGACAAGCACUUGGAGGUCAUCAAAAGAGCCAUUGGACAAAUAAUCAAAAUGAAUCAGCAAAUCGAAAUGCAAGUAAAGUCCUUGAUUUUGAUCUUAAUGAAUUACCUGAUGUAGAUGAUUGUGAUAGAUAAUAAUCCAGAAAAUGA